CACAAUAAUUUGGAGAUGGAAGAUUGGACGGAGAUUGGACGAUCGUUGUCAAUAUUGCAUAAGUCACCACUUUUUUUAUUGUUGAACCUGGCGGAUAUAAAAAGUAGUCGACGCGGUGUAAUGUCAGUCUUAAAAACGUCUUCAGCAGCUAUGAGGUUACUCUCGGCAAUAUUGGUUUUCGCAGCCUUCACUGGCGUGCUAUCCUGUACCCAGCAAACCAGCAGCUCUCCAAACUUAAAAGCUUUUACAGUCCGUGUUGUCACAUGGAGCGUUAAUAGCAACUAUUUACCGAAAGAUUUCUCGGAUUUACUUGGAAUUGCUAAUAGGUCGAAAACCCCCGGGGCUGACAUGAUCGUGGUCGGACUCCAAAAUUUAGGAAUAUUGGCUAAUGAGAAAGACAAUGACUGGGUCAGAGCCUUGAAGGACCAUGUACACGACGGAUGCUACUGGACGAUCGAUGCCAGUAUAAGGAAGGGCAAUGGGUUUGUUAUCUUCGGCAGGACUGAUAAACCGCAAGCUGUGCAUAAGGAAAUGCUUUCCAAAGACGGCGCGAUCAUCACGAAUUUCAAUUAUUUCGGACACCAAUUCACUUUCGUGGGUUUGCAGCUCGACAAAAAAGUCGAUGAAAAAAAGAGGGUGGAAGAAUACGAAGAUGUCAAAAAGAAUAUAAAGGAGAACUACGAUCGAAAGAAUGAUUUCGUGUUUUGGCUCGGAAAUUUGAACUUCAAGAUCGAGCUAAAUCAAACUAAGGCCAAGGAGUAUAUCGAGAAGAAGGAUUGGACUACGCUUCUAACUUACGAUCAGCUCAAGAAAGCUCAAAAGGAGAAAAAGGCGUUUGAAGAGUUAACGGAGCAGAAUAUCAAUUUCGGACCAACGUUCAAGUUCAAACCGGCCACUGACAACUAUGAUUGGGAAGAAACACCUUCCUGGGCGGACAGGAUCUUGUUCCGUUCGAAGAAAAACAAUGCAAUCACACCCGUUAAGUACGAAAGUAUCGAGAAGUACAAAGAGAGCGGACACAAACCGGUCGUUG